GUUUUAAAUCGCAUAGAAAUUAGCCGCGCGAGGUUUAUUUUUGAGUCGCCGCCCAAGUCUACUCUUCUGGGUAGACAUUAGGACCGCGCAGACUCGACACAGCUGGAUCCGUGUAUUACUGUUUUGUACGGAUCCGGUAUACAUCCCUUAAGAAAGGGUAACGGGAGGAUCGACCCGGAGAUUAUAUCGACGACUUUCAGCGCGUCUGUGCACUUUCAGUCCAACGCAGCCGGAUUGGAUGGAGUUGGAGAAGUCUUUUCCCGACAUUUUAUCCACUUAAAUCAUUUCGUCUUUGGCUGGAGAAAGUGUGUGCUUCACUUUUUGUUUUUCCCGUGGAGGAGGACCCACAGCUUAUUCCCUUCUCUCUCUUUGUGCGCUCUCUCUCACGUCUCACCAUUCGCCAGACGCGGUCCGGAGCCGCAGCAUCAUCAGCGGUGGCGCUGCCUCAGACUCGGACCCGGUGAUUUAAGUGUGCCCUGCUAUCCCACCACAAUGAAUUCGGAUAUUAACAUGUACUUGGGUCGAGAGAAAGCGGGGAUCAUGCGAAAGAGAGCGCUGUUACUCAGGAAAGGCUGCAGUUUUGAAAUAACGAGCUCAGCUUCAGAGGAUCUUGGAUGCAGAAGAGGAGAGUUUAGCAGAAAACACUAUGGAUCAGUUGAACUGCUCAUUUCCAGUGAUGCAGAUGGGGCCAUACAGAGAGCUGGAAGAUUCAGGGUGGAAAAUGGUUCAGUAGAUGAGACCUCGGACUACACACCUGGAACAUGGAGGAGGACUGACGUUCAUCUGGAGAACCCAGAGUACCACACCAGAUGGUACUUCAAGUACUUCCUGGGAAAAGUCCAUCAGAACUACGUAGGAACAGAUGCAGAGAAGAACCCUUUCUUCCUCUCUGUGGUUCUGUCAGACCAGAACAACCAGAGGAUCCCACAGUACCGAGCCAUCCUCUGGCGCAAGACGGGUACUCUAAAAAUAAGCCUUCCAUACAGUCCAACGAAAACACUAUCAGUCAAAUCUAUUUUAAGUGCCAUGAAUGUGGAUCGGUUUGAGAAGGGCCCUAGGGAGAUCCUUAACCCAGAGAUUCAGAAGGACUUACUGGUGUUGGAGGAACAAGAGGGCAGUGUAAACUUUAAAUUUGGUGUUCUUUAUGCCAAAGACGGACAGUUGACAGAUGAUGAAAUGUUCAGUAAUGAAACAGGAAGUGAGACUUUUGAGAAAUUUUUGAAUCUUCUUGGUGACACGAUCUGUCUGCAGGGCUGGGCAGGGUAUCGAGGAGGACUGGACACUAAAAAUGACACUACAGGAAUAAACUCCAUCUACACAGUCUAUCAGGGUCACGAGCUCAUGUUCCAUGUUUCCACCAUGCUACCUUAUUCUAAAGAGAACAAGCAACAGGUAGAGAGAAAGAGACACAUCGGAAAUGACAUCGUGACUAUUGUGUUUCAAGAGGGGGAUGACGCCUCGCCGUCUUUCAAGCCCUCUAUGAUUCGAUCCCAUUUCACUCAUAUUUUUGCCUUAGUUCGAUAUAAUAGUCAGAAUGAUAGUUACAGGUUAAAAAUUUUCUCAGAGGAGAGCGUGCCGCUGUUUGGACCACCUCUCCCCUCUCCUCCAUUGUUCACAGACCAUCAGGAGUUCAGGGACUUUUUACUAGUUAAAUUAAUAAAUGGAGAAAAAGCCACUCUCGAGACCCCCACCUUUGCUCAGAAACGUCAGCGUACGCUGGACAUGCUGAUCAGGUCCUUGUACCAGGACCUUAUGCCUGACAUGCACAAGGUUCCCUUCUCUCCGCAGAACAUGCUGAACCGACGCUCCUUCAGCGAUGUACUGCCUGAGUCUCCCAAAUCUGCCCGUAAGAAAGAGGAAGCACGUCAGGCCGAGUUUGUCCGGGUUGGACAGGCACUGAAGCUGAAAACUAUAGUUAGAGGUGAUGCGCCCACCAGUCUAGUCACUACCGGCCUUUGUAGGAAAGAGCCAUGGGAGUCGCAGUCUUUCUGCAGUAGCUUUCCAUAUGACAUAGUCUGUGGAGAUUCAUGGGGACAGUCGUUAUUGGUCGCCACAGAGUCAGCAGGGGUUAUGCUGCUGGAGGCCUCAGAUCCACUGUUCUCUAAUGCAGAUUCACCAACCCUGCCUCCAGUGCAAGUAUUUGACAAAACCCUGACUGUCAAACAAAUGCAUGUGCUUGAACCUCAGGACCUUCUCAUUGCAAGAGCAGAUAAGGGGAAAGACGCUCGUCUAUAUGUUUAUAGACUAAGCACGCUGAAACGAGGGAUAGAGGAGCGACAGCUUGUCCGCACCAAAUGCGACAGUCGAGAAAACAAGCUUGAGAAAACCAAAGGCUGCCAUCUCUACUCCAUAAACACACAUCACGGGGUGGAGCUCAGAAUCGUUGCGGCGAUAAGAAAUAAGCUUCUCCUCAUCACCAGGAAACUGUCACGGUUGGAGUCUCUUAGCUCUGUAGCUACAGUGACGGGGGCGAGUGACUCACCUGUGGAGGACUUCCAAUAUAUACGAGAGAUUUGCCUGUGUGACUCACCGGUGGUCAUGGCAUUGGUUGAUGGCCCAACAGGAGAGAAUGAUCAUAUGAUAUGUGUGGCUUACAGACAUCAGUUUGACUUGAUCAAUGAGAGCACAGGAGACGCCUAUAGAUUACACCAUGUGGACGCCAACCGGGUGAACUUUGUUGCUGCCAUAGAUGUGUAUGAAGACGGAGAGGCUGGACUUCUUUUCUGCUACAACAAUAUCUGUGUCUAUAAGAAAGUGUGCCCGUUUAAUGGAGCCACACCCAUGAUUCAGCCAAACUCUUUGGACUUCCAUUUUAGCUGGAACCAAAUGCCUAAUGCUAUCGUGUGUGCAUUCCCUUAUAUCCUGGCCUUCACAUUUGACUCCAUUGAGAUUCGACUAGUUGUUAACGGGAAUCUAGUAUACACAGCUGUUGUUCCAGAUCUACAACUCACUGCAUCCAGAUCUGAUAUCUAUUUCAUGUCAUCAGCGCCUAUAAACUCUGCAUCUAACUGUAGCUCCAGAGACACUAGUUCCCAGAGUUCACCUCAAACUCCUACUGGCUAUGAGAUGCCUGUCUUCCCUUCACCACUUGGAGAUGAUUGUAUUCGGAUCCCCUACGGCUCCAAGCUAUCCCUCUACAUGUCUAAAGACUCUGAAGGUGAAGCUCCCUCUAAACACAUCUAUAAGAUCCCAUUAAGUAACCUGGUCGGAAGGAGCAUAGAGAGACCACUCAAGUCUCCUUUGGUGAAUAAAGUAGUCACGGCACCGGCCCCCAGCGUGAUAGCCCCUGCCUCAACCAUUUCAACCACACCUUCCCUCUCACUGUCACGCAUGGAGAUCAAAGAAAUCGCCAGCCGCACACGGAAAGAACUGCUGGGUUUGACUGAGGAACCAAGCAACAAGUCAGACAGUAACUCUGUGAAACAGAGAAGAAUAAGCAAGAAAACCAAGGAGGAAGAUCAACCGAGAACGGCGGGAGCCAUUAUUACUGAGCAAGUGGGAAUGGAGUCUGUAGAUGGAGAAGCUGAUAUCCACCGACUGUGCUUAUCUGGCUCUGAGAUGGAGCCACGAGAUGACAGCCCACCCACGGCCAGCCCUUUUACCCUCUCCACUUCUUUUGAGGAGGAUAUUUUGGACCUCAAGUAAUGACAAUCACAGUCUGUGGAUCACAGUGCACCUCCCACCUUACAUAUCCUCCGUUCUUAUCCCCGUUUGAUCAUUGUCACUUUAAAGUUUGCGUUUUUCCUCAGUCUGCCCGCUCAUCUGCAGUAUGCAGUGUGCUUUAUACUUGGAGUUUACAGUGUGAGGUCAGAAUAUACUCCUUAUAGCGGAUGUAUGCAUACAGUAUGUGAAUGUGUGUGACUUUGUGUUUACUCUACAAGUGAGACAGAAAUACAGCUAGAAAACAAAAUGAAAAUUUCAGAAGAAUACCCCAAAAUCCGAAUUAGUGGAUAAUUGAUUUAGUUUCACAGAAUAUGGAAGCAAACUUAAAGCCAUAAGAACAUAAAAUACGAUAAUGAAUUUUUAAUGAUAACGAAGACCGGAAUGUAAUGUUGACACACCUACAAAACGUAUAAGCAUAUUUUAGUUAUUUUUGUGUUUUUAAAUGUUUGUGAUUUGUACAUUGUGUGAUUAUUUUAAAGUUGUAAAAAACCUCUAUGUGCAUCUCAGAUCAGAUGCACACAUGAACAUACAGAUGUAAACACGGAUAUAUAUAAAUAUACCUUUCUAGCUAUUGUAUUAUGGACAAGACAAAUAAAACAUACUUGUAUAUAUCAAUAUUACAGUCAAACCCGUCUCCACCCUCACCUCAUGCUUUUAAACCCUAAAAUUUUUUUAGCAGAAAGGACAGGAGUCUCCCACAAGUGCCAUUCUUUAUUGCACCCUUCAACCGCUAACACUUUUUAUCAGACUUUGAAUUGUGUUUCUCACGAGGCAGAGAACAAACCAUUCCGGAUUACAGUUUGGGAUUACUACAUUUUUUACAUAGUGGUUUACUGCGGAUCACUAUGCUGAUGGUAUGAACAACACCCAUAUUUAGGUUCAUAGUAUUAACAACCAACCGUACAGUUAAAUGUAUUUUUAAAGUGCUGUUGCUUCUUGAAAAGGGCUCUGGAUCACCUGCAUGCCUCCAGUCAAUCCCAAAACAAGUUGAAAGGGAUUUUAUGUAGGAAUAUUUUAGAAUUAGGAUGUAUUACCUUUACUCUUCUCAUGGAUUUGGUACAAAUUGAAAGCAACAUACAGGAAUUCAAGCCAGGGUCACUUAGAUAACUUAGUCUUUGAUUCUGGGUUAAUAAGGGAACGAGAAAAUCGAUUCUACUGUUUACAGUUCAAACUAAGAGACGUUUAAAGGAUGUCAGCAAAAGCAUGACACCAGGACAUACGCAAGAGCCUCAGGAACAGCGAAGGAGUGUGAGGAUAAGUAUUAGAUGUGAAUAAACCGCUUAGCUGAAUGCAUGCCCUGCCCACUUGUACCUUCUUUUACUUUAACCUUUCUCCAUCUUAAAGUGAACCACUCAACACUAGUGGCAGUCUGGAGUACAAAUAGAAAACGUGGAAAUAUUUUUGUAAAUGAAAAUUUUAAAUAUUAUUUAUUUGCUUAAAGGAAAAGGGUGAGUUGGCUAGACUGACGGAUUUUAGUUUUUGUUUGUUUUGCUGACGUCUUGCCCUUUCCUCUGUUUACUCUCCUUACUGUUUUCACCUUGGUUUUGUAUCUAUAUCAAUAUUAACUGUUUAGACUGUUGCAGAAUCUCUGUGAUAUCAGAAUUAAAGAAAAACGAAUAAAAAAACACCAAGUGUCUUAAAAUACUGUAUUGCCAUUGUUUUUAAUGCCAAGUACUACUUGUAAAUGUUUGUGUUUCAGAUGUGGCCUCAGAAAUAAUUAUUAUUGCUAUGAUAUUUGAACGAGUGCUGUAGAUCUCUGCUGUAGUUAAUAUUGUUCAUUGAUUUGAAAUAAAUAUUUAUGAAAUUUCA